CCCUUCCCCUCCAAACAUCAAGAAUCAGAGUGUACAGAUGCUCUGAGCUCCGACAUAAAUAAUUGAAGGAAGGAGGCUAGUCGACGGAGGAUCCACAGUCCAGUUCGAUUCCGAUGACCGAAACGCACAGUAAGGGCUUACGGGCUUAAUACUGCUCACCCGUCUCUUCAGUUAUAUACGUAUGUACAAGCUAGCGUUGACCUUUUAACAUACUCUUUAAGCCUUUUAAUUCAUAUCAUCCAAGUUUCUUUCCGAUUGUUUCACAUAACGUUUCCCCAGCAAAGAUUUGAUUCUAUCAAGCAUACCAUCAAUGGCGUCUUCCUCAACUUCAUCCGUUCAUAGGAGAAGCUCUAAGUAUGAUGUAUUUUUGAGUUUCAGAGGAAAAGACACUCGUAAGAACUUUGUUGAUCAUCUUUAUCAUGCUCUUCAACGGCAAGGCAUUUGCACUUACAAGGACGACAAGAGAAUCACGAAAGGGAAAAGGAUCUGUGACGAGCUCAUCAGUUCCAUUAAAGACUCAAAAUUUUACAUCAUUGUUUUCUCCAGGAACUAUGCAUCUUCGUCUUGGUGCCUGGAUGAGCUUGUGAAGAUAAUGGAGUGUCACAAUGACAAGACCACAGAAAAUACUGCUUUACCCGUUUUCUAUGAUGUCGCACCCAAGGAAGUCCGCCACCAACGCGGGGCAGUUAGAAAAGCCUUUGCCAAACAUAAAAAUAAAGAGGCUGCUGGAAAAUGGACGGAGGCUCUGAAAGAAGCAGCCGAUCUGGCUGGUUGGGAGUUGAAGAACACUGCUGAUGGGCAUGAAGCUAAAUUCAUCCAAGAAAUUGUCGAACGAGUAUCACUAAAGUUAUGUUCCAUCAAUUUCAAUUUUGACGAAAAAUUAGUGGGCAUGGAGACACGGGUAAAUGAUCUUGUAUCAUCUCUAGAAAUCGGUAUUGAUGAUGUUCGCAUGAUAGGGAUCAAGGGGAUGGGUGGUGGUGGGAAGACAACUUUGGCCAGAUCUGUUUUUGAUCAAAUAUCCUUUAAGUUUGAAGGUGUAAGCUUUGUUGAGAAUGUUAGGGAAGUUUCAAGCACUUCUUUGUCUGGUUUGAAGUCCUUGCAACGUCAAAUCCUUUCGGAUGUCUUAGAUGAUAAAGACAUCAGCAUAAAAGACGUGAAAAACAUGAUGAAGAGUAGGAUGCGUGGUAUAAAGGUUCUUAUUGUUCUAGAUGAUGUAAAUCAUCUUAACCAGCUUGAGGCAUUAGCUGGCGAGCCUAUUUGGUUUAAGCCGGGAAGUAGAAUUAUUAUUACAACAAGAGAUGAGAAAGUACUGUUAGCACACAAAGUGACAUUGAUUCGUGAUGUCAAUUUGUUAUCAGAUAAGGAAGCAAUUUGCCUCUUCAGUAGGUAUGCAUUUGGGAGAGAGAUUCCAAUUGAAGAUUACGAAGAGCUAUCAGAACAAGUUCUAUGUUAUGCAUCUGGUCUUCCCCUCACAAUCAAAGUUUUGGGUUCUAAUCUAUGUGGUGAAGAUAAGCCCAUAUGGAACGAUACCUUACAAAGACUAAAAACCAUUCCGCUAACCGAAACUAUGAAAAUAUUGGAAUUAAGCUAUACCAUUCUAGAGGAUGAUCACAAGGAAAUAUUCCUAGAUAUUGCAUGCAUAAUGAAAGGUUGGUUGAAAGAAAACGCAAUCCAAGCACUUGAAAGUUGUGGAUUUCAUGCUUUAAGUGGUUUAAGAGUUCUUCAGCAAAAAUCUCUCAUAACCAUCGAUGCCCAUUGGGACCAGGAGUAUGUAGGCAUGCAUGACCAUAUUGAAGAGAUGGGCAUAAAUAUUGUUCGUCGUUCACACCCAAACAUGCGUGAGAAACAUAGCCGAUUGUGGAAGAAUGACGUAAUUGAACAUAUAUUGGCUAAUGACUUGGGUACUGAAGAAAUAAGAUGUAUAGAAUUAUCGAGUACGAAACUCGAUCCUUAUACGCUUAUAAAAGGUCUUGGAAAGAUGAAGGCGCUUAGAUAUCUUUCCGUGGUUACGACAAACCAUUCAAGGGAUGCUGAACUUGAUACAUUUAUUCCAAGCUUUCCAGAUGCUUUAGGAUAUCUGAAAUGGGAUUCUUAUCCUUUUAGGUCUUUACCUGAAACAUUUCAAGCAAAUAAUCUUGUUACACUUGAGUUGCCUACAAGCGAAAUCGUACAACUUUGGGAAGGGGGAGAAAAAAAGGUUCUUGACAAGCUUAGAUUCCUUGAUCUCAGUGAUUCAAAAUUGAAGACCAUUGACCUUGAUCUAACCCCAAAUCUAGAGACGUUGAAUCUUAAGGAUUGUCAUGAUUUGGUAGAACUUUCAGAUGAUAUCUGGAAAUUGGAACAUCUGAAAUCUCUCGACCUUUGGGCUUGUUUGUCCCUUAAGAAUUUACCUGAGGUGUUUCAGCGGGUAGGGUGUUUAGAGAAUCUAAAUUUGUCUCCGGAUAGCAUUUCCAUUCCAAAAAAUCUGAAAUAUCUUCGCCUUGCUCAUUGUGAUGAGUUUGAGAAGUUACCUGAGGAUCUUGGCUGCUUAGAAAGUUUAGAGGUUCUAGAUUUGACAAAUACAAAGCUUAAACAUCUUCCGGACAGUAUUACUUUGUUGAAACACCUCACCAUUCUCAUACUUUACCAUUCUCGGUAUUUUAACAAGUUACCAGAGGACCUUAGUGGGUUAGAAUCUUUAAAGGAUCUAGAUUUGUCAUGUACAGAUAUCGAGCAUCUUCCAGAUAGCAUUUGUGAGUUGAAACAUCUGGAGUCUCUAAAUAUUAACGUUGUUUAA